UUCUUCCUCUCAGGAGGAUGAGCUCAGAGUCGGGUCCCCCCUCCUCCUCCUCCCCCGUGACACCGAGGAGACAGAAGGGAGGACAGAAAUCAGAAUAAUCAUUAAAUCCUCAGAAUAAUCAUCAUGGAUGUGCUUACACAGAGCGGAAGUGUAUCCUGGAGAACAAAGCUGUGUUGUGUACUUUGUUAGGGGUGUGUGUGUGUUGGAUGUUUAAUGAGUGUGUAACGGGCCGGGUCGGGUCGGGUCGGUUCGGUUCGGUUGGGGAUGGAGCAGGAGGCCGGUCCCGGGGUGGAGAGUCUCCGGGCUGAGCUCGAGCGCGUGUCCCGGGAGCUGAGCGAGACGAGCCGGGAUCAGAUCCGGGCUGCGGAGUACGGGCUGGCGGUGCUGGAGGAGAAACAGCAGCUGCAGCAGCGCCAUGAGGAGCUGGAGAGUGAAUAUGAAGCUCUGAGACACGAACUGGAUCAACUCAAAGAGGCGUACGGUCAGGCCCACUCUGCCCAGAGGAAGGUCGCGGAGGACGGCGAGAGUCGUGAGGAGUCCCUCAUCAUGGAGUCGGCAUCUAAGGAGGCGUAUUACGAGCAGAGGGUUCAGGAGCUGCAGGCCGAGCUGAGGCAGGCCAAAACCGCGCUCACCAGCACGCAGAGCGAGAACGGGCGCCUGAGUGGCCUUGCACUGGAGAUGAGAGAGAAUGCUGAGCUGCUGGAGCUGCAGCGCGCUCGUCUGCGUGACGACAUCAGAGAGUAUAAAGUCAGAGAGUCUCGACUGCUGCAGGACUACAGCGAGCUGGAGGAGGAGAACAUCAGCCUGCAGAAACAAGUGUCCACACUCAAACAGGGCCAGGUGGAGUUCGAGGGUCUAAAGCACGAGAUCAGGAGGCUGGAGGAGGAGGCGCAGUACCUGAACAGCCAGCUGGAGGAAGCCGUGCGGCUGCGUGAGAUCGGCGAGCGUCAGCUGAGCGAGGCUCUGGAGACAGUGAAGAGUGAACGGGAGCAGAAAGCGGCACUGCGCAAAGAGCUAACGCAUCACAUGACCCUGGGGGACUCCCUCCUCGGCGGCUCGCUCGACGGACUCGGGCUGAGUGAACCGAACGAGCCCAACAAUGACGAGGCCAUGCGCGCCUUUGAGAACGGGCUUGCAAAGAUGGCUGACGACAAUGAUGACGAUAACGUGUCGUCCAUGCCGAAGAAGAGCCUGGUGGAAGAUCUGCUGAGCGAACUGAACAUCUGCGAGAUCCAGAAGCUCAAACAGCAGCUGCACCAGGUGGAGCGAGAGAAGGUGGCGCUUGUGUCCUCCCUCCAGGAGUCUCAGAAGCAAUUAGCACAGACACGUGGAGCACUCGCGCGCCUGAGCGACGAUUUUGGAGCCACGAGACGCGUCCAGGUCACAAAGGACAAAGAGAAAGAGAAGGAAAGUGGUGAGGAUGGAGACGUGGACUAUUACGAGCUGGACAUUCACGGCCCGGAGAUCCUGCGCUGCAAAUACGAGGCGUCGGUGGCUGAGGCAGGAGAGCUGAGGGAGGAGCUUAAGUUGUUAAAGGCGGAGCUUGAGGAGGUUAGAGCGAUGCAUGAGGAGGUGCGGGCACGGUUGGAGAGCCAGGUGCGUGAUCUCUCAUCUCAGGUGUCUUCGCUGGAGAGUGACAGCCGAGCGGAGCGGGCACAGCUGGCACGGCUGCAGAGGGAGUUGGAUGAGACGAACACAGCUGCGGGCGAGACCCGGAGGACGCUCGGGGUGGCACAGGAUGAGCUGGCGUCGUUCAGCGAGGAGCUGGCGAACCUCUACCAUCACGUUUGUGUGUGCAACAACGAAACGCCCAGCCGAGUCACACUCGACUUCUACAGAGAGGGGAAAGACAGCAAAGAGGACAAAGAUAGGAAAGACGGAAAAGAAGAGAAAACAGAUGGCACCGGCUCGACCAAAGAAACCCCCGCAAGCCCUGGUUCGGCCUCGGUGAGAGACUCGAGGAAAGAGCCGAUGGGCGUGUGUGUCCUGGCGGCGAUGAUUCGGGAGCAGAUGCGGCACCUGCAGCAGGCCGUGGAGCGAGGCACACAGCUGGCGAGGCAGAGGCUGGCACCACUGGAGCUCGCGGCCGUGCCUGAUAAAGAGCAGGCAGCCUGCAUGGAGGAGAUCUUCAAACUCAGGUCACUGCUGAGCACCAAACGGGAACAAAUUGCCACGCUCAGGGCCGUGCUCAAGGCCAACAAACAGACGGCUGAGGUCGCCCUCGCCAACCUGAAGAGCAAGUACGAGAAUGAGAAGACCAUCGUGACGGAGACCAUGCUGAAGCUCAGGAAUGAGCUGAAGGCUCUGAAAGAGGACGCAGCCACGUUCUCCUCCCUCAGAGCUAUGUUCGCUACCAGAUGUGAUGAGUACGUGACUCAGCUGGACGACAUGCAGAGGCAGCUGGUGGCCGCUGAGGAUGAGAAGAAGACGCUGAACUCGUUGUUGCGCAUGGCCAUCCAGCAGAAACUCGCACUCACGCAGCGCCUCGAGGACCUCGAGUUCCACAAUGAGCAGGAACGCAGGGGAAGUGCUGCAGCCGCCUCGGCCCGCGCCAAAGGGCCCUUCUCCAAGAGCAAGAACCUGCACUAACUGUAGUUGCCAAGGAGAAUUAACCUCAAAGUGGCUUAAUCCCUGACUGCAGACGUCUCGCCUUGCGCACGCACGCACACACACACACACACGCGCGCGCGCCCCUCGACGCUUGACUGCAGGCUUCACAAUAAUCUGAUCAUCCACACGUCUGGUUUAUGUCUCUGAUAUUUUUAAAAAUGUUUCUGUUUAAUUUAAUUACACACUUUUGACACGUAACACAUUUCAGUGUUUUUUGGGGUUUUUUUUUUGUAUUUGAUGUCAUGUGACACCUUAUUUAACAGCUGAAAGUCAAACAAAAACAUGUCUGUACAAAAUGCCACAUAUUUCAGGUCAGCAAAAGUCAGCUUAUAAUUCAGGAACAUCGUUUUAUGGUUGUUUUGCCUUUGAGUCUUAAUUUAUUUUGAAUAAGUUGAAUAUGCAGAAUGUCCUGCAGUGGGAGGGUUAAAUCCAUGGGAUACGUUGGAAAGACUGACGGUUUUCCAUGGGAGAUGAGAUUUUGUUUGUUUGUUUUUAACCUUUUUUUUUCAGUAGGAUGUGAUGUCACACCACAGGACUUGUUAAUGGAAGGAUUUUAAAAAUGGUGACUUUGUUUAUUUUUUCUUAAUUUAAAACUAAUAGCUGACGAUGCUAGUUCCAAAAAUCAUUUGAAUAUCAACAAAUUAUUUUUAAAAAUAUACUUUUGUUUUUGUCAGCUACCUCUUCAUCACUUCUUUAAUUGGAUGUAUUUAACGUCAAUGAUAAUAUAAGACUCUUUUUGUUUUCUUUUUAAAUAUGACUGUUUUGCUGGAGAUGUUCAGAAGCAAUCCAGGGAAAAGAAUGGAGACAUUGUGUGGAUGUCUUUUUGUUUUGUUUUAAGGAAACGAUGAAUCGUGCAUCGUGUACCAGCAUUGUAGAAAACAAAACCUUACACAGGAGGGUCACAAAAAGCAUCGGCUUUAACACAUGCAAAACCAAACCAGACUGACUCACAUCUCCACUCCUCGCUGUGGCAGUUGCUUGUUUUCAUGCUGUUUUGGAGAUCCCCAUGUCGACUUCCCCUCGUCUCAUCUCCCACUGAUCAAAUCCCUGGGACUAAGAAAAUCAAGUUAUAAAUCAGAUUUUAUUUGAAGCUAAUCAUAGCUGUUUACAUGGAAGCAUUUAAAGUAGUUACUGACUGUAGACAUCAAUCAAAAAGAAAGGUUCACAUCUCUGACUUGGCCCUCGGUGGUCAGUACACGACACGACACACUCCUGCUGAUGUUUGGGAGGUGAUGCACACUUGAAACUCAUGAAGGGAAGUCGACGAGGAUGUGUCUGAAGCCGUAUUAAAACAUGGCGCUUGGUCAAAGAUACAGGAGAUGGAAAAGUGUUUUCACAUGUGCCUUUUUUAUCAGCAACAGCAGAGCAACAUUUUAUCUCUGUUUUAUUUCUAACUUACUAUUAAAGCCUUUCAGUGUUCAA